CUGGAGCACAUAGGGUCCGUCGAGGUUUUCGUUCGUUUGACAGGUGAUUUCCAACACCUGGAAUCAAACGGGGCAACCCACAUUGGAUACGUUUUAGUUAGCGUUGCAGUACUAAACGUGUACUAAAACGCAAACUCAAACGCAAAGUUUGAUUCAAUCCAAACUUUGCGCGCGCUGGUCCGUGAGGGUCUUCUGUCAUUCUUUCCAGUUUGCUGAGUUUGCUCGAUCGACCGGUGUCGGUAGCGAAAGUGAAUUUAAAACUUUAAAGUGAAAGUGAUUCUCGUCGGCAGCGUGGACGGAAAAACCAGUUACAUUCCUCGAACUCAAGCUGUUGUCCAAGUGUACAUUCAACGCUGCUCCAUCACAACAACAACAACAACGAAGUCAGAAUGCUCGAUUUAUUUAUGGUGAUUUUAUUGUACCGUUUGUAUAAACAGUACCAAAGCUCUGGAGGCGAUCGGCGUUGGUGGGUCCAUCCACUGCUGGAAGAUAGACCAGAAAAGGGAUUUUUCGCUGCAAACUAUGAGAAGAUGCGACAACACCCAGAACGAUUUUUCAAACAAACCCGAAUGGAUCCCGAAACGUUUGAUGUUUUGCUUGAGAAAAUAUCGAGUCGUCUACAAAAAUACUCGUUACGACCCUCGCUGUCUCCUACCUUCCGCUUGUUCCUCACACUAAGCUACCUAUCUCACGGCACAGCCUUCCCGUUCCUGGCAGCUAGUUAUAAAAUAGGCGAAUCAACGGCAAGGAAAAUCAUCCAGGAAGUCUGUGGGUUGCUGUGGCAGACUUUGAAGUCUGAUUAUUUGCCGGAGCUUACGGUGCAAGAUUGGGCGGACAAGGCAGCAGAAUUCUAUUCUCUGUGGGAUUUGCCCAACUGCUGUGGCGCCGUCGACGGUAAACAUGUGUAUUUGCAGUGCCCACCUAACAGCGGUUCCCAAUUUUUCAAUUAUAAAGGGACCUUUAGUAUCAACUUGAUGGCCGUAAGUGACGCGUGCAGCAACUUCAUUGCCGUCGAUGUGGGUGCUUAUGGUGGUAACAGCGAUGGCGGUGUGUUUGCCGAAUCCACUUUCGGAAAGCGGCUGUAUAGCGGGCAGCUUGGCCUACCCCAAGCGGCCUGUUUACCAGGGGCGACAUUGGAAAUUCCGCACUAUCUAGUGGGAGACGCGGCCUUUCCACUUAAGCCGUAUCUCAUGCGUCCAUUUCCGGGCAGGCUGUUGCCUGCCAUACGGGAAAAUUUUAACAAGCGGUUGUCGCGCGCCAGGCGUAUUGUGGAAAAUGCCUUUGGCAUUUUGGUAGCGCGGUGGCGGAUUCUACGCAACACACUUACCAUGGAACCAGCACAGGCAGAACGGAUUGUUCUGGCAUGCGUUGUGCUACAUAACUUUUUAAAAAAGGAAUGCAGCUCCCGUUAUUGCCCUCCCGGGUACGCAGAUGUUAUUGGCCCGGAGGGGGAAAUAAUAAUUCAAGGCGAAUGGAGAAAGGACAGUAACCCGCUGCCUAGCUGUUCAAACAAACUCGGAAAUAACAGCGCCGCGAAAGCUUUCGAGGUACGAGAUUACCUUAGUGAAUAUCUUUUCACCCAUCCGGUAAAGGCAAAGCCUGAAGGUAUUACCAUAAACCACUAACAGCAAUUGCACAUCACAACGCAUACUGAACAAUUCGUUAUGCCUAGGCUGGUUCCAUGGUGAAUGUGUUGCCCAAUUUCUCAUCCUUGCUAAUUAAAUGUAAUAAAAUAAAAUACAAAAAGCUUCAUAGGAUAUACCGGCCCUAAGCGUUAAAAACCGAGGAACAUCUCAUGACUCCAUUAAUUGAAUUAAAUGUUUAUAUUGUUCAAAUUUUCAUUCAUGUAUCUCACAAUCAUUCGCUAUUUAAAAAAGGUAGUUUAUUAAACAUGGAGUAAAUCUGAGAGUCAAUCAAUAAAAAAAUAUGUUUUUCCAUAAAUAAUGAUAUAUUUCUAUAAAAUAAAACUCUUGAAAACAUCCUACCAAAGAAAUAUUGCAGAUUUCUCUGCUAUGACCCUUUGCGCUUUGCAAGCCAUACAUAGAUCGCAGUCUUUUUUCUGUUUGGUUCUGUUUGGUAUUAACCUAUAUUUGCAACUAAUGCUCUGCCCGACAACAACUCAGCAGCGCAGGACUCGGGCACAGUCACAGGGCCUGUGUGCUAUCGGGUAACUGGAGAGGCUUCGCGGAUUUUUAGGGCGCUGGCGUUCUAUUGUAUUGGUGGCUGGUUUACUGCCCGUACCUUUUUUGGCUGCAAACCUGCGAGCGCUCGCUGCAGAACCUCUGUUCCAGCGAUGACUGACCGGACUCGAUGUCGUCGCGCGGCAAGGUGGCGGAAGAGCUACCGUUGACCUGCAAAGUCUCGAACUUGCAAUGGCGGAUGGACUGGAAUUUCGGUUCACUGGCUCUGGCCUACGCUUCCUGCAAAGGUAGAUGGUCGACGACGACAAGGCCGCCCUUUAUCGGACCGAGAAGAGAAUCUCCCUGGACAUUAGGGCCUUUUCCCGAGAACUUGAGAAAAAGAAAAAAAAAGAAAACCACAGGAACAAUUGUGGUGUCCUUGGAGGUUACAUUUGGGAUCCUCACAGAAGCGAGCCGUGCACUGGCGAACCUUCGACGCGCCAAUCAGAGGCAGGUGGCCUUCCCGGUCGUAACAGGCAGACAUGAUCUACAAUAAGUAUACCCUGUUUUGUUAGUGAAGCUGAAACGAUUUCUCUGCUAAACGAAUCUGAUAACGAUUUGUGAAAUCCUAAAACUUUAAACGGGUAAGUUUUUCAAUAGUUCAACCAGUUCAACGACACAAUUGCUAAUUCUAUCCAUUUUUUUUUCUAAUCUUCCUAUCUCAAUCCCCAAGGCUCAUGGCGGCACAGCCUCAACACCGAAAUCAAGCAAGUCGACAGAAAUUUGACCUGGCCACAGGCCAAUGCGAUGGCUGGCAAUCGCCCAGGAUGAAAAUCUUUGAAUUCGGCCCUCUGCACCACCGUGGGUGCCCAGGACCGAAAUUAAGUAAGUAUCUCAAUCCAAUGUCUAAUCUAUAAAUACCUAAUAUCUACUCUAUUACCCUAUAUUUUACCCUCAUCAAUCAUCUUUUUUUGUGUUUCCGGAUCAACCGACAAAAGGAUUAAAUUUUAUCUUUAAUUUCCUAGUCUUCUCGCUGCGCAGCUUCUUAAUUGAUAAUGUCAUUUAUUUUUAAUUCACAGAUUGGACACUCAUGGUACACAUGUUCUCAACCUUCAACUCUCUGCAACGGACCGCGCGAUGGUACAUUCGACCGAGAUCCUAUGAUGACCCGAUGCCUUCUAAUGAUGACGUGCAAGUGCUUUUGUGUAUCUUUAUGGUGAAUAUCCAUUCAUUUUUCUACAACUACAUGAAAUAGUAUUAACGUUACGUUUCUCUUUUAGGCCCACAUUACUCCAUGACGAAAAUUUGAGUCUUCUGGUCGUAGAUCGGCGGCUGAGAAGACCCCGAGAUUUUUGCCCUCAUGGUCGGUAGUCUCCUGACGUAGACCGAUUUGUCUAUAGAGGUGAACUCGAAUUAAGUGACUUGCCGUACAUAUCACACGGAGAGUCACCUCAUUCGAGAAAUAUGAGUCCGAGCCUCGUCACGUCACUCCACCUGUAUAAGAUUACAUGUGUCACCGAAGAGGACGACAACUUUGGCAAGAUCGUGUCCGAGAAGAUCAGCAAAAGCCGGACGUUCAAGCAGAAAAAUUACAUUGAAAGCGUGCUGAAGAGCUUCCAGGCGUGUGUCGACGUUCGAUCGCUAGAACUGCUGCAAUCGUGGUGAUCUUGAGAGCGCUCAUCAACCUCCAGGAGCAGGAGGUGGAAUAAGGAGGGAAGCGUUGCGCGCGCUUCCGGUUCGUAUGUGUUCUGCAUAUUCAAGUAGGCCCCGCGGAUUUUGUUCGUUUUCUUAUGGGCACACUUGCACCCUAAGCAGAGUAGAAAUAAAUCGUCGGAGGAUUUCGCAAUUUUAAGUAAUGUGGUUCGAACGCGCUACGCCAUAUUGUAGGUAAUUUAUCAUAAUUAUUAUUAUCAUUGAUGUAACGCUAAGGGCCGAUUUCAUCACCUCGGCUUAACUCGUAAGCCAGGCUUACCGGUUAAGCCGAGGUGAAGAAAUCGGCCCUAAGGCUAACGAAUAGUAACUACACAAAUAAAAGUUUACAACAUAGCAACAUAUUUAACAGAUAUAUUUGAAAACAGUGUCUCAGAAAAUAUAUGUUUCACUAGAAGACUUAAUCAAAUUGGAUUUUCAACCAGCUUCAACUAGUAGGCAUAUACAUUUGAUGUUUCUUAAAGCAGAUAUGUGAAUAAAUUUGUAUAUGUUAGGUAUGGUGUUAGGUUCGUCAGUGCAAAUUUUUUAAAGGGUGAUAGAGGACCAUAAAUGGUGAAAAAAAUGUUCUACGCAUAUGGUCAAAUCUCAACCGUUGCGUAGUUAUUGAACUUUCCAUGUUUUUGAUUAUUAUUGCCUUAACUGGCUAUAACUUGAAAAUGGUCAAACUUAUCGCAGUUUUCUGACACUUAUUCGAAAGAUUAUUGAAUUUUCUAUCAAAUAGCAUCUUUGAAUCGAUUGGUUUAGUUAAAUAACUAAGUUUUCUAGAGCAAAUAGUUAAAAAGUAGUGUAUUUUAAUUUGUUUUAGUCAAAUCUUUGAAAAAUGUGUAAUCAAUUAAAAUUCUUUCUUAGGCAAAGUUGUGGCCCCUGUUCCACUCUACAAUUCGUUCUUUGACACGAAAUUUCUAGCUCUUAUAUCGUUUUUUUUUUUUUUGCAGUUUUGAUGUGGCACAGUGCGCAAAAAAGUGAUUAUUUUGACAGCUGCAAAUUUAUGAUCUGAAAUGCGAUGUUUAAAUCGAAAUUGCAAGAACACGAUAAGAGAUAGAAGUUUGAUGUCAAAGAACGAAUUGUAGAGUGGAACAGGGGCCACAACUUUGCCUAAGAAAGAAUUUUAAAUUACGCAUUUUUUUUUUAAAUAAUUGACAAAAACAAAUUAUUAUACACUUCCUUUGAGCUAUUUGCUCUAAAAAACUUGGUUAUUUAACUAAACCAAUCGAUUCAAAGAUGCCACUUGAUAGAAAAUUCAAUAAUUUUUCGAAUAAGGGUAAGAAAACUGAGAUAAGUUUGACAAUUUUUAAGUUAUAGCCAGUUAAGGCAAUAAUAGUCAAAAACAUGGAAAGUUCAAUAAUUACGCAACGGUUGAGAUUUGAUCAUAUGCGUAGAACAUUUUUUUUGCCAUUUAUGGUCCUCUAUCAUCCUUUAAAAAGUUUGCACUCAGGAACCUAACACCCUGUGUAUAUAGUGUGGAGUGAUGUGACGCAGCUCGACUCGUAUAUCGAGGUGAGAUAUCUCGACACGAAUGAGAUUUGAUUUACACGUCACUCCAGCAAUGAGCACAAAUGCCCAUCAUUUGAUUGAAAAGAGCAAAAUUCUGCAUCACUAAUUCUAUGAUAAUUUGUUUGGAAAAAAGUUGCGAUACCGAUGUAUCUUAUAAUUCACCCGAUAGUUGUCGUAAUCCCCAGAUAAUAAUACAUGUAGCACUUCUAUGCUUUACGGAAAAACUCACCAAAAAAGCAGUUUUUAAUUAGUUUUCGGAAAGUACCCAUCAUAUUUAAAAAAAAACCUGAGGACUAACGAAGAUUACGUCGCUAAGAUUAGAAGUAUUUAAAAUACACAGAAAAGAAAAUCCCUUCAGUUAAGUUGCUGAGAGCCCCAAAUGCUAUCCUCUACCGGCAGGGCUUUCGAAUACCUCACUCAGGUUGUAGAUAUUGGGUUGAGCUUGGUAUUCUACAUCUAUCUUCUCCAGCUCCAAAUCACCUAGUUAGAAUAUUAUGGCCAGAACUGCAUAGAUUUAUCCCAUAUACACGUCCUCUGUAUUUGCACUUUGUUUUGAUACGAAACGGAUGCAAUGUGUUUUACAAUCCGUCUAGGUUUGCGUUUUCUGAUUUUAGUACAACGGAUGAGAAAACGGAUCAAAAAACGAAAACCUCGACGGACCCUAUGUGCUCCAGCCUUA